AUGAUUCCCAAAAUCUUGACAUUCUCCCUACUCGCCGGCGGCGCCCUCGCUGUCCCGGUUGAGGUUGAAAUUGAGAAACGUAUCUCCUGCCCGGGUGUCCACAUCUUUGGUGCACGCGAGACCACCGUAUCUCCCGGAUACGGCUCGUCCAUCACGGUUGUCAAUGGCCUUCUCAAUGCCUAUCCAGGCUCUACGGCCGAGGCCAUCAGCUACCCUGCAUGCGGUGGACAAUCGUCUUGCGGCAGCGUGAGCUACUCCAACUCAGUUGCCCAGGGCAUUGCAGCCGUCGCCUCGGCUGUGAACUCUUAUAACACCCAGUGUCCAUCGACCAAGCUUGUUCUGGUCGGAUAUUCCCAGGGUGGUGAAAUCAUGGACGCAGCAUUGUGCGGCGGCGGCGUCCCCAACCAAGGCUACUCCAACAGCGCGGUCCAGCUGUCAACGUCCGCUGUGAACAUGGUCAAGGCAGCCAUCUUCAUGGGUGACCCGCUGUAUGUGGCAGGGUUGUCGUAUGAUGUUGGAACUUGUGCUGCUAGAGGUUUUGACGCACGUCCUUCUGGCUUCUUUUGCCCGUCGGCUAGUAAGAUUCAAUCAUACUGCGACUCCACAGACCCGUACUGCUGCAACGGGAGUAACGCCGCGACCCACCAGGGUUAUGGAGCUGAGUAUGGCGCACAGGCUAUUGCCUUUGUCAAGAGUAAGUUGGCAUAG